AGCAAAUGUCUAAUUAGCCCAUAGAUGCAUCUACAAGGCAAUGAAUUAUAUAGCAAUACUGACAAGGGGUGAAUUUAUGAGACUGUGUGCUCAGAUGUAAAACAGGGGUUUUCUUGCUAAAAAAGGAAAGCUUUCUUGAAUGAUUGGUUGUUGGUAACCGAUUGAGAAAAUCAGUCUUUCUAAAGUCUGUUAAGAAACAAGAGGCUCUCUGCGGAAAAACUAUUCAGGAGGAAAUCACUUGCCAAAUUUCCCUAUGUAAACAAAACCCAAACAUGGUAUAUGAAGAAGUUGUAGCAAAAGGGAAAUAUUAAUUACAAAAAACACUGCAGAUGCCAGCGACCAAUCUCUUGAGAAGACUAGAACCAAGGAGCCUCACAGUCAGGACUGCUGAUUUGUCUCUGGAGGAGGUAGGAUUUUACCCUCCCGAAGACAGGGAGAUGUCCUCUUGGGAUGCAUCCAUUCUGUUCUACUAACAAAGAGGCAGGGCCCGCCGCCCUCUGACGGCAAAGAAAACAGAGACUCGCUCCAGGAUGACAGAGGCCAGCACGGAAAUCACAGUCCCUACAGAGACCUUUGACGUGACGACAGAAUAUGACUAUGGGGGCAUAACCCCGUGCCAGAAGGGGGAGGAGAGGGCCUUCGGGGCCCAGCUGCUGCCCCCCUUGUACUCGCUGGUGUUCGUCAUCGGCCUGGUGGGCAACAUCCUGGUGCUGUUGGUCCUGAUGCAGUACAAGAGGCUCAAGAGUAUGACCAGCAUCUACCUCCUCAACCUGGCCAUCUCUGACCUGCUUUUCCUCUUCACGCUGCCCUUCUGGAUUGACUACAAGCUGAAGGACGACUGGAUUUUCAGCGACGGCACCUGCAAGCUGCUCUCGGGGCUUUAUUACAUAGGCUUGUACAGCGAGAUCUUUUUCAUCAUCCUGCUGACGGUGGACAGGUACCUGGCCAUCGUCCACGCCGUGUUCGCCCUGCGGGUUCGCACGGUCCUCUUCGGCGUCCUCACCAGCGCCGUGGCCUGGAGCCUGGCCGUCUCGGCCUCCGUCCCGGGCUUUUACUUUUCCAAGACCCAGCGGGAGUUCUCCCAUAUCACCUGCAGCCUCCACUUCCCUCACGAAAACCUAAAAGCCUGGAAACGGUUCCAGGCUCUGAAGCUGAACACGUUGGGGCUGGCGUUGCCUCUGCUGGUCAUGAUCGUCUGCUACACCGAGAUCGUAAGGAUUCUGCUCAGGCGACCCAACGAGAAGAAGGCCAAAGCCGUCCGCCUGAUCUUCGUCAUCAUGAUCGUCUUCUUUCUCUUCUGGACCCCUUACAACCUGGCCAUGCUGGUCUCUGCUUUCCAAGACACCCUUUUCACCGACGAGUGUCGGCAGAGCAAGCAGCUGGACGUGGCCAUGCAGGUGACGGAGGUGAUCGCCUACACGCACUGCUGCGUCAACCCCGUCAUCUACGCCUUCGUGGGAGAGAGGUUCCGCAGGUACCUGCGCCAGCUGUUCCACGGGGUCCUGGCCACGCGCCUGGCCAAAUGGCUCCCCUUCCUCUCUGCGGAGAGGCUGGAGAGGACCAGCUCAAUGUCGCCCUCCACGGCGGAGCAAGAACUCUCUGCGGGGUUCUGACUCGGGCCCCUGGGGGCCGAUGCGGGACCCAGCCGGGGUGACCUGCCAGGCGCGCCGACCCGAGCCGAGCCAGGUUGGGUCUCGUGGCCAGAUCCGGACACGUGACCACCACGGAAUGUGCAGCCACGUGGGGGUGAGCGAGUUUAAAGGCGGUGUGGGCUGAGUUCCCUCCGGGCCAUGAACCUUCUCCAAGAACUUCUCCCUGGUGGGAAGGAGACGAAUGAGCCCAAUGGGACAUUCCAGAAGACGGGGACCGAGUUUACCUGUGAAGGCCUUGGGCCCAGACAGGAUUUCAGAUUCGUGAGCAUUAGCAUUUGUAAACAGAGCCCUUUGACCCCAGGCAGCCCCUGCCCCUGCUCCCACCACCAGUGAACUUGGAAGCAGUGAUUUCCGCUGCUGACAUCACUUCGAGUGGAGAGCCAAUCAGCAGCCAGCAGCCCCUCCCCACCUUCCCCUCCCCUCCCCUCCUGACCGCUGCAGGGCUUAGGUGCUUGGAAACCCUGAGGAACAGAGAACUCAGGGUGGGACAGCCAGAACCCUGGAGGGGAAAUAGGAUUGGGGAACUGCUGUUGGCAGUAGAAUUGAGAUCUCUGCCCUUCCCCUGCUCAGGCUCUGUCUCUCAAAAAUAAUAAAUAAAAAAAAAAUUUUAAAUAGCUUAAAAACACAAAGGGAAAAAGGAAAUGCCAAAAUCACCCAUAAUCUCACCACCCAAAGACAACUACUGUGCAUUCUUCGAUGUGUUUUCUCUUAGUUUGCUUUUUUUUUUUUCCCCGUAUGUAUUUAUGAUGGUGACAAAGGUGGACUUCAGCUGUUUUCCUGUCGUUGUUGUUGUUUCCCAGGUGAAUAGAUCAGUUUAAAGCGUUGUUUCUGAUGGCUGCACUGAACCUCACAGCAGGGAUACGCCCCAAUUUACUCCACGCGUUUCCCCAGAUUUGCUUGCGGGAAUCAAUUCAAUCCGGCAGUGGUGACUGAGGACGUGCUUUUUUCAAAGUGAGUUCUCUGAGCUCUGGGAGGCACACAGGCACAGGGGUGCCCUGGAGCCCGUGGUGCUUGGACAGCAAAGGGGAGGAAGGCAUCCACCAGUCAGAAAACAUCCUAAGGUGGGGGGGGGGGGGGACGGCAGUGGGGAGCACCUGGGUGGCUCAGUCAGCUAAGCAUCUGACGUCAGCUCAGGUCAUGAUCUCACAGUUCGUGGGUUCAAGCUCCACAUCGGGCUUUGCGCUGACAGCACAGAGCCUGCUUGGAUUCUCUGUCUCCCUCUCUCUCUGCCCCUCCCUUGCUUGCGCUCUCUCUCAAAAAUAAACAUUAGAAAAUAAAAAUAAAAGACAGCACCCUGAGUAAAUGGGUGUCCCACCUGGCGACACAAUGACGCCAUCGGGCUGGCCACUCUUUUUUUGGACCCUAGUGUUGUCCCUUCAAUCAGGGACCUACUCUGUGCACACGCUUCCUUUAUGCAAAGCGACUGGUAUCAUGGAGGUUUGGAAAAUGUUUGUCUGGGGAGGAGGAGGUCACCCUGCCCUGGGCUUACGUUUCCACACAGAAAAUAUGGCGAAUUCCAGGCUUUGAGAGUCAAGGGAGGAGUCAGCUUUCCACUUGUACACCUGCCGGUUCCUCUCUGCAGUGUGGAGAGAAGGAGGCGGAAUGGAAUUAAGAAACAUUUGUCUGCCACUUUGGUAAAAUGACACUGCAUCGAAAACCGUACCUGAUUGCAACAAUAUCACAGUGAGAAAUGCUGUCAUUCCAACAUCCUCCAGUUCCAUCUUUGAAAUAAGACUUGUUUUUUGACGUGUCACCAAGGCAGUGAUGUGCACUGCAGAAAACUGGAAACAUCUAGAAAGGCCAAAGAAGAAAACGGAAGCACUUGGACCCACUGCCUACAGACAGCCUCUCUUAGCACACUAAUGUUGAAGUGCAUCUCCUUCCUGGAUUGUUUCCUAAAUGUACGCACAUGCGUGCAAUCACGCUUAACAUUUUUUCGUGCAGCCACGGUAAAAGUGGACCAUAGCAAGCACUCACUAAAUGCUGGUUGAAUGGAUGAAUCUUUGAAACCCCCAUUUCUGUAUAAAGUGAGGAUAAGCCUAGUGUCUACCCCCACGGGGCUGUUUGGAGGAUUAAAUGAAACAAAGCAAGGAAA